CGUUCACAAGAGUUGGGACCUUCAGUUUUUCCAUACUAAAUGCAAGGAUUGCCACGGCCGCAUGCCUCUCCAGUCCUCUUUAGCGAGGCAUUCGUCAUCUGUGCAGGAUCAGUACUCUUCCGAAGUGAUACGACGGGAAAAUGGCAGAUAUGCGUUUUGCAUGAUUGUGCGGACAACAUCUACGUACUGCCCAAGGGUCGAAAGGACUGCGGAGAAAGCAUAGAAGAGGCCGCAGUUCGGGAGACUUUCGAAGAGACAGGGUAUCCGUGCAAGCUUUUACCAUGUAGGAUGACGACCAGAGCUCCCCUACCACGUACCAACAUGCUUGACCAGCCGCGAGUCGUGGAUGAUUCUAGAGAAUCUUUCGCUGUCACCCUUAGAGACCUGGGGCAAAAGGGGACAAAAGUUAUCUGGUGGUAUUUGACCAUUGUCUGUGGCGAAAAGGAAGAGGGUACACAAACUGAUUCGGAGGAUUUCCGUCCGGAAUUCGUUGCAGUAGAUGAUGCUAUCAGAACACUUACCUUCCAAGAUGAUAAGGAUAUCGCACAACGGGCAUUCACUCUUGUAGAGUCUCAUCAUGGUGUUGGACGCACCAUGUAGACCUAAUACAUUGCACGCUGGGAACGUGCCGUGGACUACGAGAUACCCAAAGUUCACCUACAUGAUAUC